UGUCUAAAGUACUUGCGUCACAGCAGCUGUGUAGGAUGUCUUAAAGCUGCUUUGCUUGCUCCGUAACCAAGAGAACAGCUUAGUGUCCUAGUCGUGCAGAAGCUCAAGCGAGAAUAUACAAAAUGGAGGAUGUAGUUGAAAGAUUGGGUGUGAUUGAGAAUAUCAUUGGGACCAUAACAUCAUUACCAAUCUGGAACAACAGAACGUAUCGAAAACACGACGCCUGUGUAGUAGUCUCUGUCGUGUUGUCGAUCUUCUUCGAAAUGCCGAUCAUGAUCUGUGGACUAUACUUGAUGAGGUACAAAGGCACCAUCGACUGGGACCAGCAAUUCUUUGAGCUCAUGUUUCAAAUAUGGUACAUUGUGAACCUAAUGCUCCAGAUCACUUUUGGAGUUGCCGAUAUGGUAUACCAUUGGAAGUUUUGGGUAGUCGUCUUUGUUGCUCCUCUCUCGUACGUCAUUGCUUGUUUACCAUACGCUUUUGUGAUCAUACCGAUGUCUGGAUGGCAUUGGGGGUUUGGAAUGUUAGAUGGUUAUUUUAAAAACAGACAAAAGUACGUCCAUGGGACAUUCAACUCUACUGGCACACAUAACAUGUUGGAUUUUUUGAUCGUGUCUGGCCGUGUUGGUCAGUGGAUAUGGAACAUAAUUCUUGGCAUUAUAGUAUUUACUGUUUUAGUAAAAUGUCUUAAUAAAGACAGCGGACGAGUGGAGCCGGACGACUGAAGAACGACAAAGUAGGAAUUGGUCAUUGGACUGAAUUUCUUGUGCACUUCUCUGGUUGACAAUCAAUAGAUAAAUCCCGCAUUCGCUUGGAUGAUGAACACGAAUCAAUCGCUUCAGUUUGAGGCUGGAGUUUUCGACAAAAGAUAAAACUCCAGUCUUGAAAUGAAGCCAUCGUUCCGUGUUCAUCCAAGCGAAUGCGGUAUUGGUCUAUUGCUAUACUUAAAUCUGGAGAAACUUUAAUACUUUUGAAACAUUUGAUUUAUUGAAAUACCUUUUACUUUAUCUGCUCCACCUUCAAUUAUUUCUUAUUCAUUUUUAAACUCUAAAACGUUUAUAGAGAAUUGAGCACCUUUUUUUGAGCACCUUUUUUUCUGUUAGGACCAUGAAGAAGUACCAUUUGUACAAAUUUGACAGUUUGGCACUGAUUAAGUUAACAAUGAAUCCCUUCCACAAAGCCGAACUGAUAUUGUUUGACAGGAAAAAUGUACAUUUUGAUUAAUCUGAAAUAGUACGAACUAGAAUAUGUUUCCAGUUACACUGAAUAUAUUUUUUAGGCAUGAAAGCAAAGAUGCUAAGCAUACAGCACGUAGCUUAUCUAAUCUGUAAGUCUCACAUUGUUGUUUUUACGUGUUAUAAGAUGCUAUAGUAAAAUAAUUGAAGAUAGUUUCCCGUCAUCAGUGUCUAAUUUAUUUUACAUGGAUAACGCUUAAAACUGUUCAAAACUUUAGUGGAACUAUACUAGCGAUAUUCGCUUGGCUAGGCACACCAGUCAAAUAUAGAUAUAAAAAUUGUAUAUUUUACUACGUGGUA